GCCCCAGAAGCUUGACACGGAUAGAGGUAGGUAUAGCCCCCCAUGCCAUCCUUCUCAGACCAAAGUUCUCAGCAUCAGGAGUGAGUUUUCUUGUUGGCAUUUGUAGCCCCAGUUUGGAGGUCAUAUGGAGUUCCCCCAUUCUUCAAGUUUAUGUCCUCUCUGUCAGCAGCCCAGGAGUCUUCCAAGGAAAGCCGAGGUCGCUGAAAAGCAAGGGUUAAUGAGUAGUAGUCGCCCGGCCCCGGAGACAGCCAAGUCUAUGAUGUCCUUCUACAAGGAAUCUGUUGGCCCGGAUCUGAAUGCUGCUGAGAAUCUUGGCCCUGGCGAUAUUUCCGAACCCAGACCGAUCCCGGAGCACACCAAUAACCAGAUCGAGAAUAUUUAUAUCAUGAAAGCUGAAACUGUGAUUGUUGGGUCUGUCAACAAAGUGUCCGAGAGCAGGAAUCCUUCCACGACCUUGGAAAUUGAGAAGAAGAUCCUGGAGACAGACCAGUCUACCCAUUACCCAGAACAGGAGACAGAGCUGUCCCCUGGGGGCCACCUUGAAGUCAUGUUCUCCGUGGAGGAGGAAGGGAAGGAAUACCAUUGGCCAACGGCUGUGUCUGCCAAGUGAGGGCCAGAGGAAGGAGGCCAGGCAUCUCUGGGAGUGAGCUUGGGAAGCUGGGAUAACAAGCAGGGGCUGCGCGGGGGCCCUUCUCUGCAGGCCAUAGGGCUCGGGACACAUGCCUAAGCUGACCUUCCUGAAUUGUUUAAUGGAUUACACUGGAAUGUUCUGGAGGCUGUUCUGCCUUUGGCCAGAUGCCUACCCUGUGGGGCCAACUUCCACUUUGAAGAAGUGAUUUAGGGACAAGGGGGCACUAAAAGGUUCAGUUUGCUGGGAGAGACAGAAGGAUUUAUUCUUCCUUACCAUGUCUCCAUUGCUUCCAGGCCCAGGCCACCCAAGCACACUUGGCUGUCUUCAUCGAGGGGCCUGGAAUCCAUUCUGUCCGGAGUGGCAGAGACCAAGUGGCUAGCUUUGGCCCUAGGCCACUGCUUCCUUUUCCCCAGCAGCCAGCACCCUUCAGUCCCCUUUCUGAAAUGCUUCCUAGCACCAGAUUGGCAAACGUACCACUGGGAGAAUGUGGAUUCCUCAGAAGCGGGCUCUAAGCCAGUCCCCUGUGGUUACUCUGCUUGACUUGAAAAGGAAAGUCCAACUGGGAUUUGUAUUUGGAUCUUUCUCUUCAGAUCUGAGCAAAGAGAAGCAGAUUUUAGGCUCAAAGGUGCUCCUAUCUGGUAGGGGACCUGCGGGUGACCCCCAGCUACUGCUGACCAUUCCCACUGAUGGUAUCCCAUUGACUCACCAGUCCAGUGAUAUCUGGGUAGGUACUAGGUGCCCAUCUUCCUUACCAUCUUGCUUCUUGACUGCUGUUUCCUCAGUCUCCCUGAUAUCAUCCGACAAGGACACCGCUUAGAACAUGAGAUUUUCUAGCAGGCAGGGCUCAUCUGUCAUCUGGAGUAGAGGUCUUCUAAACCUUGAGCCCCCCCAUCUUAUUUCCCCUCUGACUUAAACUGAAGAGUGUGAAGGAGAACUUUGGAGUAAGGAAGAUCCAGUUUCAAAUCACACCUGAUAUUUAAUAGCUCUGAGAGCUGGGCAAGUCACUUAAAUUAUUUGCCUUGGUUUUCUCAUUUGUAAGAUGAGAGAUGGUAACUCCUAACUUCCCACCCUGAGAAGUGGAAGGGUAGAGGGAAGCAGUGUAGGAAAGAGAAACCAGGGAAACCACAAAAAAUACAGAGCUAAGCCUGCCUUGGUCCUUUUUUAUGGAGCCCCCUCUUCAAUUUGAGAAGGCUGAUUGUUACGCCCAGAAUGAUAGAUAAGUAACUUUCACUGAGAACUGCUGAAGGUAAAAAAAAUGGUCUGGCCUGCUCUUGGGAGUCAGUAGCUCAGCAAACCCUGAGCAUGGUGGGAAAGUUUGGAUCUUUGUAUUGCAAUUUUAGUGUUUGAUUUAUGCUUAUUUUUGAAACUUUGUACACAGGGACACAAGACAGCAAACAAUCCAACACUUGUGUUGGUAUAGCUCUUUGUCUUCAAAUUCAGUGGCUUGAGUAAAUGCUGCUUGGACUAAAUAAGGCCGUGAGCGGUAGUUAAGAGAAAAUGUGUUGGCAUUUCCCCAAAUCUCUUUGAAUUUCUCUAUAUUUGCCUUUCACCUUUAGGACACCAGCCUGAUCAAUGUAGAUGGGAUAACAUCUCUUUGUUUUUUGUAUGGUACAAAAAGAGCAUUGAAUAUGUUGUUUCAUAUAUGUAAGUCUGGAAAGAACCUUAGAAGUCAUCCAAUCCAACAUUAAGUUGGGUUUCAGCCUCAUCUCUAAUGAUUACUACACUUGUGACUAGAUAAGCCACUUUACCGACCUUGAUUUCCUCAUCUAAAAUGAAAGGAUUGGAUUAUAUCUGAGGUGUCAAACUAGGUAAGCAGCUGUAAGUCAUCAGCAAAACUCCCUAGUGUGACCCAAACCAGGUUAAAAGACAUUUGGGAAACAUUUAACAAAAUACAUAGAAAAACAAUACAACACAGAUAAUAUUAAUUUGUGGUUUUCUAACUCCAUAUGCAUUGGCAAGGAUUUAUUUCUAUUUGAAUUCCACGGCACUGCUUUCCUGGAUUUCAUCAUCUCCAGAAGCUCAUAAUUCUGCAAGAUGAAACCAAUUUAUAAACUCAUAUCUCCUCAGAAUUUUCCUACCACCUGUAGGACUUUGUUGUGUGUGCCCCUGCUCUGCUUAACCUUCCCCCCACACCCCAUUCUUAUGUGUUACAGCUCCUGUUAGAUUGUGAGCUCUUUGAGGACAAGGAAUUAUCUUUUUUUUAAAAUAAGUUUUCAUUGAUAUUUUCUAAUUCUUGAAUUAACAUAGUCUCCCAUAUAUUCCUCCUCCUCCCCUUUCCAGAGAGCCAACUCAUAUGAGAAACUCUUUUUAGAGGGGAAAAAAGAAACCCAAUAAACUGAUACAUUGAAAAACUUUGAAAACAUGUACAAUGUAUAACAUAUGUGGACCUCCAACCUCCACAAAGAGGUAGUUUGGGAGAUGUCUUUCUAUGUGUCUUUAUUUGAAUCCCACUUUUAAUAAUUUUGUUGCAUUUACUUUUUAUUUUUUGAUAUGCCACUAUACUUUCUAUCUACAUUGUCGUAAUUACUGUGUAUAUUAUUUUCUUGGCUCUGUUUGCUUCACUCUGAAUUAAUUCAAAUAAGUUUUAUAGCACAAUCAUAUUCUUUUACAUUCAUGAACCAGAAUUUGUUUAGCCAUAUCCCAAUAGGAAUCUAGUUUGUUUCCAAUUCUUAGUUAUCAGAAAAAAUGUUGCUUUAUACAUUUUGAAGUAUAUGGAGACAUUUUUCUUGUCAAUAGCUUCUUUGGGAAGAUAAGCCCAAUAAUGGAGUCUCUGGCUCAAAAGGUAGUAACUUUAUUUGCAUUAUUCCAAGUUACUUUCCAAAAUGGUUGUACCAUUUCACAGUUCCACCAACAAUGUUUUUAUUGAGUCUACCUUUCCACAACACCUCCAACAUUUACUAUUGCUAUUUUUGUCAUUUUGGCCAAUAUACAGAGUAUGAGAUGAAAUUUCAGGGUUGUUUUGAUUUGUGAUUGUCUUAUUACUAAUGAUUUGGAACAUUUCUUCAUGGGGUGGUGAAUACUUUGCAGUUGGUCUUUGGAAAACUGCUUAUUCAUAUCCUUUAAUCAUUUAGCUACUGGAGAAUGACUAUUAUUUUAUACAUUUAUGAAUUAUAUGUAUGUGUAUAUUUAUGCAUACAUACACAUAUGUGCAUAUCCCUAUUCCCCAAAUAACAAAUCCUCAUCAGAGAAAUUUGAUAACAAGAUUUUCUACAACCAUUCAAACUUCCCUUCAUUAUCCUAGAUAUAUAAAUGGGCAGGAAUUGAUUUAAGCCUUCAUUUUUUUACAUAUUUCCAUAUGAGUCAUAUUGGGGGAGAAAAUCAGUACAAAAGGGAAAAAUCUCAAGAAAAAUACAGAAGAAAAAAGGUGAAAAUUAUAUACUUUGAUCUGCAUUCAGUCUCCAUAGUUCUCUUUCUGGAUACUGAUGGCAUUUUCCAUCCAAAGUUUAUUGGAAUUAUCUUGGUAACUGAAAUGCUGAGAAGAUCCAAAUCUAUCACAGAUGAUCAUCAUAUGAUCUUGUUCUUACUGUAUAUAAUGUCCUCCUAGUUCUGUUUGCCUCACUCAACAUCAGUUCAUAUAAAUCUUACCAAGAUUUUCUAAAAUCAGUCUGUUUGUUAUUUCUUAUAGAACAGCAAUAUUGCAAUCCUUUCAUGUAUCAUAACUUAUUCAGCCAUUCCCCAAUCAAUGAGCAUCCACUCAUUUUCUAGUUCUUUGCUACCCACAAAAAGAGCUGCCACAAACAUUUUGACCAUACAGCUCCUUUUUUCUUUUCUAUGAUUUCUUUGGAAAACAGACCCAGUAAUGGCACUGCUGGAUCAAAGGUAUUCCCGAUUUAGUAGUCCUCUGGGCAUAGUUCCAAAUGCUUAAGUCUUUCUUUAUAUCCUCAUCAUUUAAAAAAGUAGACAUUUAGUGAAGUUAACUUGACUGCCGCUUCUAAGUUGGAAGCCUCAUCAAACAUCUAUGCCAACCCAUACAUGAAGAGGAUGCCCACUCUAAAAUACUGAGUUGUAGUCUAGUUUCAAGGCCUGGUUCUUUCAUUCAUGAGCUCUUAAAUAUGUUAAUUAACCUUUCAGCCUUCUCCUGUGCAAAAUAAAAUAAUUGGACUAGA